CUGGAGCGACAAUGGAAGUGGAGAAAAAGGACGUGGCUAACACAUCUGAUGCUAUUGCUACAGUCAGACUCAGGGAGAGAACUUAUUUAGGAAUGUUUGAGCACAAAAAAGAAAGUGUGCCGAUGUUGAUUAAAUAUCUCAUUGUGGAACUAGAGCCUAAACUGGCAGCAACACUCACCCCUGGUCUGCCAGCGUAUAUUUUGUUUAUGUGUUUGCGACAUGAUGAUCACAUCAAUGAUGAUGAGAAAGUUAAAUUACUGCUGACUUCUGUAAUCAAUGGCAUAAAAAAAGUUGUGAAGAAAUACAGUGAUGAUUUGGAACGUAUAACUCUCUUAAGAAACUUUGACCUCUCCGACUACAGACAGGUGUUCUCUGACCUGGCAGUGUGGAACUAUCAGGCACUGCUGAAGAGGAUCAUGGAUCUAAUUCAACCUCAGAUUGUUCCAGCCAUCUUGGAGCAUGAAGCUAUAGCUGGACUGACAGCCAGCAAACCUUCGGGGCUACGUGGCAGAUCAUCCAGCAUUGCCCAUGAAGCCGAGGACAGGAAAACUUCACAACAUUCUUUGGAUGAUCUUGUAGAAACACUGAAUUCCUUUUUACGGAUCUUGAAGCUUCAUUCUGUGGAUCAUGAGCUUAUCAAGCAGAUAAUUAGACAGCUGUUUUACUUCCUGUGUGCCCACACACUCAACAACCUUCUGCUCAGGAAGGACAUGUGCAACUGGUCCAAGGGCAUGCAGAUCAGGUAUAACUUGAAUCAGCUAGAGCAGUGGCUGCGGGAUAACUCCCUGCAAGAUUCCAGAGCCCCUGACGCCUUGGAGCCGGUGAUACAAGCAUCUCAACUGCUGCAAGCUAGGAAGACAGACUCAGAUGUCAACAGCAUUUGUGAUAUGUGUCCUAAGAUGACAAUGGCACAGAUUAUAAAAAUCUUGAACAUGUACACACCUGUGGAUGACUUUGAGGAGAGAGUUCCACCUGCUUUCAUUAGAAAAAUCCAGACCAAGCUGAAACAGCGUGCACAGGGAAAAACACCAAGCAGUACUUUACUCAUGGACACCAAGUUUAGCUAUCCAGUUACAUUCCCCUUUAAUGCAAGCUCUGUUGCUUUGGAAACAAUAAUUCUUCCAGAACAGUUACACUUGAACUUUUUAAUUCGCCACUGA